AUGACUGGCGAGCCUUUGAGCAUGAUAUUAAGAAUCCAGCUCCUGGAGAAAACACCACUCUUAGAAAAGCAGAGGAUCAUUGAAAGAGAUGGUGACCCCCAACAUUUCAGCAAGGAAGCUACUCAGCGACUUCCUUCCCUAAGGUUAGACCAAUCAGGACCUAAAGGAACAACAGGCUUCACCGGCAGGGAGAAGCCACAGAGCGCAGCAGCAGCAAGCGAUUCUGAGAAAAUACUCUUGUAUGUCACAGUUCCACAGAAGAUAAGCUCAAACGAGAGUGAAGAGUCAGAGAAGCAUGUGAUUUAUGACAUUACAAUGGAUGGGAAGUCAUACACUCUGCAUCUAGAAAAACAUUCGUUGUUACCUCAGAAUUUUUUCGUUUACACAAAUGGUGAAACUGGCACUUUGCAUUCUGAAUCUUCAUAUUUAAAGAUGAACUGCCAUUACCGAGGAUAUGUUGCAGAUUUUCCAAAUUCAGUUGUGACACUCAACAUCUGUUCUGGACUCAGGGGGUUUCUUCAAUUUGAAAACAUUACCAUUGGAAUUGAACCAAUAGGAUCUUGUGCGGGAUUUAAACACAUAAUAUAUCAAGUGAAAAACAACAGUCUAGAAAUCCCAGUGUUAACAGAAAGUGGAAGCAAUGCUCAGCACAAGGACCAGCCCCUGGAAGGUCAUAUGAAUUCACAGAGAAAUCUAUUUUCAAAACAAUUUCCUCAUCAUCUAGAAAUAUAUAUCAUCGUUGAAAAAACUUUGUAUGAUUAUAUGGGCUCUGGAAUGAUGACUGUGACACAGAAAAUUGUCCAGGUUAUUGGCCUUGUUAACACUAUGUUUACACAGUUAAAAUUAAAUGUUAUACUGUCCUCCUUGGAAUUGUGGUCAGAAAAGAACUAUAUUUCUACCAGUGGUGAUGCUGAUGAUAUAUUACAACGAUUUCUGGCAUGGAAACAAGACAAUUUUGUUCCAAGACCUCAUGACAUGGCAUAUUUACUUAUUUACAGUAACUAUCCUAAACAUGUGGGAGCAACAUUUCCAGGGAUGAUAUGCAAUAAAAGCUAUGAUGUUGGCAUUGCAAUGUAUCCAGACUCAAUUAGUUUGGAAGGAUUUGCAGUUAUUAUAACCCAAUUACUUGGCCUUAAUUUAGGACUAACAUAUGAUGACAUGAAGAAAUGUGUAUGUCCAAGAGCAACAUGCAUAAUGAAUCAUGAAGCACCGUAUUCCAGUGGUAUAAAGAUGUUUAGCAACUGUAGCAUGUAUGACUACACCCAUUUUGUUUCAAAAUUUGAACCUAAAUGUCUUCAGGAAAUUUCACACUUACAAUUAUUAUAUGAAAAUCAACCAGUGUGUGGUAAUGGGAUUUUGGAGCCUAAUGAAGAAUGUGACUGUGGCAAUGAAGAGGAAUGUCAAUUUGAAAAGUGCUGUGAUUAUUCUAUCUGUAAGUUAAAAGGCUCAGUACAAUGUGGGUCUGGAGCAUGCUGUACAUCAGAAUGUGAGUUAGCAGUAGCAGGUACUCCAUGUAGAAAGAGUGUUGAUGAAGAAUGUGAUUUUACAGAAUAUUGCAAUGGGACUUCUAGUAAUUGUGUGCCUGACACUUACGCACUGAAUGGCCAUAUGUGCAAACUGGGAACUGCAUAUUGUUAUAAUGGAAGGUGCCAAACCACUGAUACUCAGUGUGUUGAAGCAUUUGGGAAAGGCGCUAAAGCAGCUCCAUUUGCCUGCUUUGAAGAAGUUAAUCCUUUGCAUGAUGGAUCUGGGAAUUGUAGUUCUAAGGAUUUAAGAUCGUUACCUUGUGAACAGAAGGAUGUUCUUUGUGGAAAAUUAGCUUGUAUUUGGUCACAUGAGAAUGCUAAUAAAAAUGAUAAUCCAACUACAGUUUAUUCAUAUGUCCAAGGUCAUGUAUGCAUGUCCACAGUGAUUGGGUCUUCAGUGAGCUCUGAUGGAAGGGACUAUGCCUAUGUAGCUGAUGGCACUGCAUGUGGUCCACAAAUGUAUUGUUUAAAUAAAACCUGCCAAGAAGUCAGUUUAAUUGAAUAUGACUGCAAUCCAAAUAUAAAAUGCAAAGGGAAUGGGGUAUGUAAUAAUCUUGGUAAUUGCCACUGCUUUCCUGGCUAUAAACCUCCAGAUUGUGUAUUUCAUAUUGGUUCACCAGGGGGCAGUAUUGAUGAUGGGAAUGCUCAGAAAUCUGAUAUAUAUAUUAUUAAAAAGAAUAACAGUACACAUGAGAACUGGUUUAUUCUGAGUUUCUACAUUUUUCUGCCCUUUUUCAUCACUUUCAUCAUUAUAGUCUUCAAGCAGAAUGAAAUGACAAAAAUCAUGGACAGAAAGGAAGAAAUAUAUGAAAGGUAA